AAAAGUAAUGCUCUCGCUGCACUCACAGGAGAAGUGGGGGUUGUCUAGGGUUUGGGUUUUAGGGGAGGGGGUUCUCAGCGGCGGCGACGGCGAACCAUGGAGAACUCGAAGCUCUCAUCGGCGCUCUUCGCGGGCACCCACUUCGACCGCAAGCGCUUCGCCGGCGACUUCGCCCGGUUCCGGAAAGGCCCGCCUCCGCCAUCCGCCGAUGCCGCCCAGUCCUCCGCGCCGUCCCCUGGGAAGAAGCGUAAGCGCAAGAGCAAGGCCAAGGCAAAUAAGAGCAAGAAAAAGCUGGCCGAAGCGGCGGCCGCCUCCUCGUCUGAUGUUGUGGAGGCGUUCAAUGUGUUCAAGGGAUUGGCGGAUAAUCAUGUCGAGGUGGGUUCUGAGAAGGUGGAGACGGGUAAGGAUGAGGAUGAGGAGGUUGUAAGGCGGCGGAAGGAAAUCGAGAGGGAAAUUGAGAGAGCUGCCAUUCUUCGGAAGAGGUUUGACAUCCACAUUUCAGGACAAAAGGUUCCAGCACCUCUUGAGAGCUUUGAAGAACUGGUUUCGAGGUAUGGUUGCGAUUCCUAUUUGGUCGGGAACUUGUUAAAACUUGGGUUUCAAGAACCUACACCUAUACAGAGGCAGGCCAUCCCCAUUCUUCUUUUGGGGAGGGAAUGCUUUGCUUGUGCACCUACAGGAUCUGGCAAGACACUGGCUUUCUUGUUUCCGAUUCUUAUGAAAAUUAAGCCAGGGUCUAAAGGUGGUAUUAAAGCUGUGAUUCUUUGCCCAACAAGGGAAUUGGCAGCACAAACUGUGAGAGAGUGCAAGAAGUUGGCUAAGGGAAGGAAGUACUACAUUAAAUUAAUGACCAAAGAUCUCUCCAAAUCUGGGAAUUUCAAGGAUAUGCACUGUGACAUCCUUGUUUCCACCCCGCUUCGUCUGGACCAUGCUGUUAAAAAAAGAGACCUGGAUUUAAGUAGUGUGGAGUACCUUGUCUUGGAUGAAUCUGAUAAACUUUUUGAGCUUGGAUUUGUUGAAGUGAUCGAUUCAGUUGUCGAAGCCUGCUCGAAUCCUUCAGUAAUCCGAUCUUUGUUCAGUGCCACAUUGCCCGAUUCAAUUGAGGCUCUUGCGCGCACAAUAAUGCAUGAUGCUAUUCGAGUUAUUGUUGGAAGAAAGAAUUCAGCCUCCUCACUGAUUAAGCAAAAGUUGAUUUUCGCUGGAACUGAGAAGGGGAAGUUGCUAGCUCUUCGCCAAAGCUUUCAAGAGUCUCUCAAUCCUCCAGUUUUGAUCUUUGUUCAAAGCAAAGAGAGGGCAAAAGAGCUUUAUAAAGAAUUGGCAUUUGACGACGUUAGAGCUGAUGUAAUCCAUGCAGACCUCACUGAACAGCAGCGUCAAGAUGCCGUUGACAACUUGAGAGCUGGAAAGACCUGGGUACUUAUAGCAACAGAAGUCAUUGCCCGGGGAAUGGACUUCAAAGGUGUAAACUGCGUAAUAAACUACGAUUUUCCAGAGUCAUCUGCUGCCUAUAUUCACAGGAUAGGACGAUCUGGAAGAGCAGGCAGAUCUGGGGAGGCCAUCACUUUUUUCACAGAGGAGGAUAAGCCAUUCUUACGGAACAUCGCUAAUGUGCUGACAUCUUCAGGCUGUGAAGUUCCUUCCUGGAUAAUGACAUUGCCUAAGCUCAAGCGAAAGAAACACAGGGUACAGAGGGACCCCAUCUGCACCAUGCCUGAUGAAGAUUAAGAGUGGAAUCGUAAACAUAGCAUUUUUUAGAUGACACAUUGGCUUCAGUUUUCCAUGUUUGAAUGCCCGGUGCAUUAAUCAGUUUGUUGAUCAAAACCUGAGAUUUGGAUAUGCAUAUCUUUGGUUAUCUACAGUUUUGAUUAUAAUAGUGAAUUGAAAUUUUGUGUU